AUGCUUGAUUCGUUAAAAAAGGUCUAUCUGCUUCUCGAACUCGACAAAGAACAUCAAAGACCUCUACCGGGCGUUGAACUCUUCAAGCAGGUUUGGAAACGACGCUUUCGUCAUCACUCCCCUCACUCUCAGCCUACUCCACAAAAUAAAGGCUCUACGAUUGAAAAGACCUUGUUGCUGGACUACGGGGAGUGGCCUGUUAUCAAUGGCUUUCGGGCCAUGCGGGCAGGCCAUGUUCUGUUGGGUAUAUGUCUCCUUCUACGAGCCGCUCUCUGGACUGCAGGCGGCCUCACUGCGGCAAUCUUUGCGACAACUCUGGUGCCUUCCGAGACGCCCACCACUCUCUACAAUAUGAAGAUAUUUGAUGAAUAUCUUGGUUGGGACGAGGGAGAGGGCACCGGCAACUCAUCAGUGACACCAGCAUUCGACAUUGUGAGUGCCACGGUUUUAAGAAGCGGGGACAAUUAUCCUUGGACAACAGAUACAUAUUCUUUCCUGCCAUUCGUCCCAGUUUCUCGGGACUUCCGUGGAAACUACACCUUCGACACUGAGGCAUACUCCACGAAUCUUGACUGCACUAUAGCUACAGAAGACGAUCUAGUUGACAUCGGGGGGGUGAGGCUCGAUCUCGAGGAGGACGACGACUUGGAUUCUGCUCAAAUUCGUUUCGGCUUUAAGCAUGAGGGCUGCGAUGUCGAGAAGUGGUUCACCCUGACAAACAACACCCUGCAGUAUGCGAGAACCUGGUCUACCAACUGCGGUCUGAGCAGCGGCAGAGCAAGAUUCGGAAUGUUCUCAGGGAUCUUCAACGCAAGCGCACGAUUUCACCUAUCGAACCUAACGGUUGUGACUUGUCGGCCUCUGAUAUACAAGUCCAAUGUCACGCUGGAAAUGUCAUUUCUCAACGACACCGCGACUCCCAAGGUGAUCAAAGUCUCAGAGACUAGUAACCAGCAGUUCUGGCCGUUCUUUGUCUCCAGUUGGCUGCGAAAUAUCCCUCGAUACUCGCUCUUUGAUCCAACUAUAUACAACGAUAUGGAUACCUUCUCGCGUCUGGUCAUCGGACAUGCCUCCAGGGAGGCAACUCUUGAUACAUUGCCGGAAAAACAGAAGAUUGCGAAUUCAUUCAACAUCAUCUUUGCCGCCCUGUUCUCCAACUUCGUAACUUUGGAGGGAUAUUCCAGUGCACAAAGACGCGAUGUUGCCGGUACCAUGUCCCGGCUGAGGCUGAGGUUAUUUGUGGUCAAGUCUGCUGCCCUUGCUACAGUGGUUAUCCUUGCCGUCACAUUUGUCACCACUUUAAUUCUGGCACUUCACUUAUACCGCAACCGACAUAUUACUAGUCUGUAUAUGGAUCUCUUACUGGGCACCGCCAUACUGCUUCGAGAUGGUAGCUCUACAGGGCUUGACAGUUACUUGAGCCGUGUAGUAUCAAGUAAUUCUAGCAGCUCCGGGGCAUAUGGGACUAAUCUUGUGGGGGCCGAGAAGAAGAAGACGGAUCUAAAAGAUUAUGCAGUAUGGAUAGAGGGGACACCAAGGACUUUGCAAAUACAGCGGCUGUAA